AUGAGAAAAACAUAUACCGCAUCCACAUACUCCAACGAUACGCUGGAAUCUUCACGACACAAUACGAUACGCGCUAGUCUGAACGAUAACGACUGGAACGACUCUCCCCCACCUUAUACUCUAAUCGCCGGCGAUUCCAACACACUCACAGGAAACGAUGGUCGCGUCAGCCUCGAUGUCAACUCAAAACUUGCCCGCACGCUGUCGGUCUUCAUCAAAGAUCGCCCAGAACAAUCACCCCCAGAGUAUCAGGAAUCGGAAAUCGAAGAAUUCGCACAACCACCACCCCUCAAUAUCGUCAUUCAAAUCGUUGGCAGUCGUGGAGAUGUACAACCCUUCAUCGCUCUCGGCAAUGAGCUUCAGAAGUCUGGUCAUAGGGUCCGCCUGGCGACACACGAUAUCUUUCGCGAUUUUGUCACCAAACCUGGCCUGGAGUUCUACCCCAUCGGAGGCGAUCCGAAUGAACUUAUGUCUUACAUGGUCAAGAAUCCCGGUUUGAUCCCAAGCAUGAAGUCCAUGCAAGCAGGAGAGAUCACGAAAAAGAGAGCGAUGAUCCGAGAGAUGCUCGAAGGCUGCUGGAGAUCGUGUAUCGAGCCAGAUGAUGCUACGGGUGCCCCUUUUGUCGCCGAUGCAAUCGUUGCCAAUCCGCCAAGUUUUGCUCAUGUGCAUUGUGCUCAGGCUCUGGGCAUUCCGGUGCAUUUGAUGUUCACCAUGCCAUGGACGGCGACCAAGAGCUUUCCUCAUCCCUUGGCCAACAUCAAAGACAACAAGGCGGAGCCCAGUAUAAUCAACCGACUUUCUUAUGCGAUGGUAGAGUGGAUGACAUGGCAAGGCCUUGCUGACGUGGUCAACGGAUGGCGUGAGACAUUGGACUUGGAACCAGUGCCCACAACCGAAGGGCCCUUUCUGGCAUACACGCAAAACAUACCUACAACGUAUUGCUGGUCUGGUGCUCUUGUGCCCAAGCCAUCAGACUGGGGCCAACACAUUGACGUCUGCGGCUUCUUCUUUCGAGACACGCCAGAUUACAAGCCACCUCAAGACCUGCAAGAUUUUCUCAAUGCUGGAUCAACACCAAUAUACAUUGGUUUCGGCAGCAUAGUAUUGGAAGACCCUGAGAAGAUAUCUCUGAUCAUUGCUGAAGCUGUCAGAAUUACUGGCGUCCGUUGUGUUCUCUCGAAGGGUUGGGCAGGGCUGAGUAACGUGUCACAGUCACCGGAUAUCUUCGAGCUGGGUGAUUGUCCGCAUGAAUGGCUUUUCCAACAUGUCUCAGCGGUCAUCCAUCAUGGAGGAGCAGGCACAACUGCGUGUGGUCUCAAGAACGGGCUUCCAUCCUUGGUAUGCCCUUUCUUUGGCGAUCAACCAUUCUGGGGAGAAAUGAUUCAUGCCGCUGGCGCAGGACCCAAACCGAUACACCACAAAAGCCUCUCAGUCGACAACCUCAGCGAAGCCAUCAGAUUUCUCACAACGCCAGAAGCAGCAGAGUUUGCCCAUCUCAUCGCGCAACGAAUGUCCACAGAGAGUGGCGUGCAGACCGCCGUCCAAUCCUUCCACCGCAACUUACCCCGCCAAACCAUCCGCUGCGAUAUCCUGCCACAUCUGCCAGCCGUAUGGACAUACAAAACAUCCUCCAAACACACAAUCAAGCUCUCGAAACUAGCUGCAGAACUCCUCAUCGACCGCCUCAAAAUUGAUGGCAAGAAGCUGGGUAUGAAUGAACUUCGGACCUACAUCAUCGAGAACAAACGCUGGGAUCCGAUCACGGGUGCUGCAAGUGCGGCUAUCGGUACGACGGUGGAGGGCAAUGAAGAUGAUUCGAGGUCCAUCCUUUCAUCACACCAGGACGACGCCGACAACAAAUCCCUCAUAGCGACAUCCGCCGAAGCGCCCAACCAAAAGAAGCAAAACCAAGAUGGAAAGCGCAUAGCGAAAGGUUUCGGCAAAGCAGGCAAUACAAUACUCAAAGGCGGACUCAUCGACAUCCCCUUCGCUUUGGCAGAAGGUCUACGCAACGCGCCCGCCAUGUACGGCGACAAACCGCGCGACUUUGGCCCAGUCAUCGACUGGAAAACCGGCGGCAUAGUCGCAGGCAAAGGUCUAGUCUUCGGCCUUUACGACGGCAUUUCCGGCCUUGUCACUGAGCCAGUCAAAGGAGCAAAGAAAGAAGGUGCUUUGGGUGCACUGAAAGGCUUCGGUCGAGGACUAGGUGGCAUGUACUGGAAACCCAAUGCUGGAUUGGCGGGUUUGCUUGGAUAUACGAUGCAGGGAAUUUACAAGAGUGUGUACAGUGCGAUUCAUACUGGCACGAGGAAAACGAUCGCAGCGGCACGGAGAGAAGAGGGUAUUUUGCUGCUUGCAAAGGCAAGAGGAGAUCAAAGCUUCGAUCUCGGACAGAUCGUUACAGCGUUCGAGGAGAUAAAGAAGGAUGAUUGUCGUUAG